UUAUUUAAAUACUCGUUCACACUACAUAAAGUAAAAUAAUAAAUAAGCAAGUAAUUGAUCACCGCUGUAAUCAACUAAAAAUUCUAUAUCUAUCUUACACCUCAUUAUAGCAAUAACUAAAAAUCAUUCUUUCUCCAGCAAGCACAAUGAUUGCUAUCUUCUUCUUCGUCGUCAUCUUCAGCGCCACCGAAUCAGCCGCCUCUGUAUUCAACGAUGUCAACUGCACAACCAACAUCACUUUCACUCCUAACGGCACCUUCCAGAGCAACCUCGCCGCCCUCCUCUCCUCCCUCUCAUCCAACGCCACCGACGGCACCAGAUUCUUCAACACCACCAUCGCCGGCAACGGCGAAGCAAACACCGUAUACGGCCUCUUCAUGUGCCGCGGCGAUGUGCCGUAUCCACUGUGCAGCGAGUGCGUGAACUUCGCCACCCAAAGGAUAAGCUCGUCGUGUCCUUUAGCCAAAGAAGCCAUCAUCUGGUACAACGAGUGCUUGCUGCGAUAUUCGGAUAGGCUUAUCUUCUCUUCCAUGGAAGAAUGGCCUAGAUAUCAGAUCAAGAUUCCGUUAGGCGAUCCGGUGCUUUUGCGAACUCGUCGAUUUUACGAGACGUUGGGAUCUAUUUUGAACAAUCUGAUAGAUGGAGCAGCUGAGGCUCUUGGAAGAUCCAAUUCCAAGUACGGUGUUCAGCAAGGUGACGCAUCGGCCAACACGACGCUGUAUGGCCUUGCACAGUGCACGCCGGACUUAGCCGCCGGCUACUGUAGGCGGUGUGUCAGGGAUGCGAUAGCGGAGAUUACGACGUCGUGUUGUGGAGGUAGCAUUGGACAAAGUGUAAUGUUUCCCAGUUGCAUUGUUCGCUAUGAAACGUAUCCAUUUUAUCAGCAUUCCGGAACGUCGACGCCCACGCCGACGGCGGCUAACGGAAAAAGCAAUAAAUUGCGAACACAAAUGAUUGCGAUUCUUGUCCCCUCGAUUAUUCUUGUUCUGGUGGUGAUACUCGUUUUGUGCUACUACAUGGUACCCACAAAUUCGAAGAAGAAAUCACAAAGGGCCAUUGAUGUUUCAGAAAACUAUUUUUUGCGGGUUGAAAUUAUUACCACAAUGGAUUCCUUGCAAAUUGACAUGGCUACAAUUAAAGUAGCCACAAACAAUUUUUCUGAAGGGAGCAGGAUAGGCAAAGGUGGAUUUGGAGUAGUUUAUAAGGGAAUUCUUCCUAAUGGCCAAGAGAUAGCUGUGAAGAGAUUGUCAAGAACUUCUACACAGGGAGUUGAAGAAUUCAAAAAUGAAGUUUUACUAAUAGCCAAACUUCAACAUAGAAAUUUAGUGAGGCUGCUUGGAUUCUGCCUUGAAGAUGAUGAGAAGAUGCUUGUCUAUGAAUAUGUGCCUAACAAGAGCCUUAAUCACUUCCUAUUUGAUCCUUUGAAGCAAAGGGAAUUAACUUGGGCCGAGCGUUUUAAAAUUAUAAAAGAAAUUGCUCGAGGAAUCUUAUAUUUGCAUGAAGACUCACGUCUUAAAAUCAUACAUCGUGAUCUUAAACCAAGCAAUGUUCUGUUAGAUAGCAGCAUGAGUCCAAAAAUAUCAGAUUUUGGCAUGGCAAGACUAAUAACACUAGACCAAAUUGAAGGGAGCACAAGUAGGAUUGUUGGAACAUAUGGAUACAUGUCUCCAGAAUACGCAAUGCACGGAUACUUUUCUAUAAAAUCUGAUGUCUUUAGUUUCGGAGUCAUGAUGCUGGAAAUUAUUAGUGGACAAAAGAAUUCUUGUUCUUAUGAAUCAUGUCGCAUUGAUGAUCUCUUGAGCUAUGCUUGGAGAAAAUGGAGGGAGGAGUCAAUAGAAGAAUUGCUGGAUCCAGCAGUGAAAGAAUCUUAUUCUCAACAAGAAGUGUUUAGGUGCAUCCAGAUUGGUUUAUUGUGUGUUCAGGAAAAUCCAGAAGAUAGGCCUACAAUGGGAAACAUUGCUUCAUAUCUUAGCAGCGUUAUAAUCGAAUUGCCAUAUCCUCUAGAGCCUGCAUUUUUCAUGCAGGGAAGAAGAAGAAGAAACCAUGUUCAACAUGACCCUAAUUCUGAUCACUCUACCAACUACUCUGUCUCGUCAUCCAUUAAUGAGAUGUCUAUAAGCAAAUUUUUCCCUCGAUGAUGACGACGACGACGACCACCACCAAUUAGUUUUGAUAUACGUGAAGAAAUUGUAACUAUACAAUAUAAUACUCGAUUCUAUAUUUCUUGUUUACUUCGGGUAGUGGUAUUUGUUAUGUUGCUCGUAGUAUUGAUGUAAUUUGAUGUAUUUUACUGACUGAUUUAUUUUUUGACAAGAUAUAUAUAAGCGAUCAAGUUGAUU